AUGAGCUUGCCCGAUUCCGUUGUAAGUGAAAGCGCUGUCUCCAUCGAAAGCGCCAAAAAUUCCAUGCACCAGGAGGAAACCCAGGCGCACGACAACGAGGAAUGGCUAGCGAGAAAUUCGGGUGGAAGGAUAGAGUGGAAGGUGUUUCAGCAGGAACGGGGCCAUUCGGGAAGUACCAAGACUCACGGGGACCACACCAUGGCUAAGGGUGAUAACGACCGCGGACAUCCUAGACGACUUAAUUCAUGUCGAAAACAAUUGGAGUCAUCAUCCGGCCUUGGAAUCCCUCCCAUCCUUGCUGGACAGGAGGCAGUAGGGAUUCGUAGCAUCAAAUGGCGCUCGAAAACGAGACCAAGCUCUCAGACGGUUGACACCACACCCAAAGAUUACCACGGGCGGCCAGAGAAUUCUGUUCUGCAGUUGAACCAUAUUGGUAGCUCCUCAGUCACGUUUCCGGUGCACAAUAGCGGGACUCUUCCGGAAUAG